AUGGCGUCUGAUCUUGACAUAGUGGAAUCGACGAGACUUGAAGAUGAUCUUUCCUUCUCUGUCAUCGAUCGUCUGACCGAGACCAUCAGGGCUGAGGAAGAGGUCAAGAUCAGCCAAGAAGACCGCAACGCCAUCGUCCAAGAUCUCUACGAAGGCCCCAAGAAGUGCCAAUGCUGCAUCAACUGGAUGACUGAAUGUCCUCAUGGUGUGGACUUGGCCGCCCUUGAGAAAGACGAAAGUGACGACGACGAGUCCAACCCGAUUAUCGUGAGACGCCGAGUCACUCCCGGGAAGGCAGGCAGUCUGGUCACGAUCCACUCCAUCGACAUCCGCCACGCAGCGACUCGCAAAGUCCUCAUUGAUAUCUUCAAGCCCUACGACGGCAUCGUUCAUGAUCUCAAAUACCUUGCCUUCCUGGCGCCUUUCCAUCAGUUCUUCUGGCGCUGGGAGGCAUUCGAGAAGGCUAUCGCCGACGAGGAGGAAGAACAGGUUAAGAAGAUCUUGACCAUUCUGAGGUCCAUCGUCAAGCGCGAGCUCGCAGGGGCCUUUGCCGUCAGCAAAGAGCUCAUCAGUCACGGCAUGAUUACGUACGACUACCUCUGGACUCUCUUCGCUCCAGGCGAAGUCGUCUACUCGGAUUGCCGCUUCGACGGUGACCGUUUCUUCGUUCUACAAGGACACACCAACAACACGGACCCGUCCAAAGUCGAACUUUGGCUCAACUACGUCAAUUGCAGCGGCGACGAUUUUGGUGUAGCUGUCCAGAGCGAGUACAUUCCCCGGUUCAGAGGCACACGGCCCAUCAACUCGCUGAGGCUUUACCCUGCAAAAUACCACGAUGAAUUCCAUGGUGUUCAGAAGCGAUUGAUCGAAAGGGGUCGCAAAUUCGCCAGUCUCGUUGGGAAGCACUACAAGGCUUACCGCCCCGAUCGACUCGAUAGCCCGAGUGCAGAAAUUCGAGUUAUGAUCGAUACAGAUUAUGAUAGACGCUCUGGUGGUGUCGGCGCUCCGGGCCUGUUGAUACACCACCACCGAAGGGCCAUGUACCUCUUCGGCGCGAGCGCAGCGGAGACGAGAAUGACUCUUAAUACGACGGUGAACAGCGCAUUCCACCUCCUCGAAGGCGCCCUGCCCCCUACGCACCACCUGUCUAUCCAACGCCUCCGGCCGACCCUCGAAAUAGAAAAUCUCAGGAUCAACAGGGCUCGAAAGCGACUCACUGACUUCCGACUGUCACUGUGCGUUCCUCGUGUACUGGGAUUUAAUCUCAAGGAGAAAACAUGGGAAAACUUUGAAGUUGACCGAAUCCAUGAUAUCGAGUGGAACACGAAGCCAUUUGAGAGUCUGGUACUUCCUGAUGGAUACAAGGAGCUCAUUCUCGCCUUUGUGGAGAGCCAGGUCAAAGACAAUGAUAACUUUGACGAUGUCAUCAACGGCAAAGGCGGUGGCCUCGUUGCUUUGCUCGCUGGUGCUCCUGGAGUUGGCAAAACUCUCACUGCUGAAUCAGUCGCGGAAAAGAUACAAGCUCCACUCUUCAAGAUGGAACUGGGCGAAUACAAUGAGGACGAUCCUGAUCAUUACGAUACGCCGCCACACCGGGCUCGUCGGCCUGGUGGGAGAAGUGUAGCUAUUGGGGUCCAGCACAGAAGAGGGGACAUCGCCGGAGCAUUCGAGCUUGCUGCACGAUGGGGUGCUGUCCUCCUCAUUGACGAGUGCGACGCUUACCUGGAGCAGCGCAGUGACAGCUCGUCUCAGCGUAACAAAUUGGUCUCGCGAUUCCUGCGAGAGCUGGAGUACUACCCCUCACUCCUGUUCCUUACGACCAAUCGCGAGAAGUCCUUGGACCCGGCUAUUCAUUCCCGUGUCCAUCUCACAAUCAACUAUCCAGCUCUUGAUGAGCCGUCCAGGAAAAAGGUCUGGAUGACCUUCCUCGGGACGACCGGGUCUAACCUUUCUAACGAGAAUCUUGCGGCUCUCUCUCGCAUCGAGGUUGAUGGCAGGAAAAUACGCAACAUUGUCAAGACCGCCGGUAUCAUGGCAAGAAGGGAUGGACGCUCUGUCACAUUUGAUGACAUCAGGAAGGUCAUGAAGAUUACGGAAGGCAUCGAGGUUAAGGAAUUUCGUUACUGA